AUGUCGGCACAGAAGUGGAUUGAAAAGUUGGACAACCCAACGCUAAGUGUUCUACCACAUGACUAUCUACGUCCACAGCAGGAGCCUCUCAGCGAGCAAGAGACUUACUCAAUCUUUGUUCCGCAACUAGAUACGCUAACUGGCCCACUAACCGAUAAAGCGGCCAUUGCCUUGAGUGUAUGGUCAGCUUUACUGUACAGAUUGACUGGGGAUGAUGACAUUGUUCUCUAUCUAUCAGAAAAUAAGGUGCUAAGAUUUACUAUUCAACCUACCUUCUCCUUCCAAGAGCUUUAUAAUACCGUUGUUAAGGAAUUGAACAGUCUACCUGAGUCCCAGAAUGUUUCCUUUGACCAAUUGGCCGAAAAGGUUGCAAAAGAUCAAGAUUUGGAAAGGUGCCCGCAACUAUUCCGUCUAGCCUUUUUGAAGGACCAGCCAGAUUUCCAAUUAACUCAUUUCAAGCAUCAUCUAAUCGAUUUGGCCCUAAAUUUGUCAAAUCAACCAAAUGGCACGGUUUUAGAUAUAAUUUACAACAAAUUGCUGUAUUCUUCAGAUAGGAUUUCCAUCCUUGCUAGCCAAUUUCUGCAGUUUACUUCUCAAGUGGUUCAUGAUCCUUCAUCGUGCAUUACAAAGGUAUCAUUAACGACACCAUCUUCGUCUAAAGUCCUAUUCGAUCCAAAGGCUGACCUGGGAUGGUGCGAUUUUGUCGGUUGUAUACAUGAUAUCUUCCAAGACAACGCAGAGAAAUUCCCUGAAAGAACCUGUGUGGUGGAAACUCCACCUCUAAACUCCACAGCCACUCGGUCCUUCACAUAUCAGGACAUCAAUCGCGCAUCGAAUAUUGUUGCCCAUUAUUUGAUCGACACUGGAAUCAAGAGAGGAGAUAUCGUUAUGAUUUAUUCUUCCCGUGGUGUGGAUCUUAUGGUCUGUGUCAUGGGUGUGCUCAAAGCAGGCGCCACUUUCUCUGUCAUUGACCCAGCUUACCCACCAGCAAGACAAACCGUUUACUUAGGUGUGGCUAAACCUCGUGGUUUGAUCGUGAUUAGAUCUGCAGGUGAGCUGGAUCAACUAGUUGAGAACUACAUUACCAAGGAGUUAGAUGUUGUUUCGCGUAUCCCAUCAAUCGCUAUUCAAGAAGGCGGUUCCUUGCAAGGCUCGCUCGGUGAAGCAGAUGAUAUACUAGCACCUUACAAAAAGUUGAGAGACACACGUACUGGGGUUGUUGUUGGCCCUGAUUCAAACCCAACGUUGUCAUUUACAUCUGGUUCAGAAGGUAUUCCUAAGGGUGUUCUUGGAAGACACUUUUCCUUAGCAUACUAUUUCAACUGGAUGGCAAAGCAGUUCAAUCUUUCGGAGAAUGAUAAAUUUACCAUGUUGAGUGGUAUUGCACACGAUCCAAUUCAAAGAGAUAUGUUUACACCACUCUUCUUGGGUGCUCAACUAUAUGUUCCUACGCAAGAUGAUAUUGGUACGCCAGGGAGAUUGGCUGAAUGGAUGGGUAAAUAUGGCUGCACUGUAACACAUCUAACCCCUGCAAUGGGCCAACUUUUAGCAGCUCAGGCUACUGCUCCGUUCCCAAAGCUUCAUCAUGCGUUCUUCGUUGGAGAUAUUCUAACCAAGCGUGACUGUCUGAGGUUGCAAACUCUAGCGGAAAACUGCCGUAUUGUCAACAUGUAUGGUACCACUGAAACCCAACGUGCUGUUUCGUAUUUUGAAAUUAAAUCAAGAGCUGAAGAUCCAAACUUUUUGAAGAAAUUGAAAGACGUUAUGCCAGCUGGUAAAGGUAUGUUGAACGUUCAGUUAUUAGUUGUAAACAGAAACGACCCAACUCAGCUUUGUGGUAUCGGUGAAAUCGGUGAAAUUUACGUUCGUGCCGGUGGUCUAGCCGAAGGAUACCGUAGACUACCAGAGUUGAAUAAGGAAAAAUUCGUCAAUAACUGGUUUGUUGAACCUAAUCACUGGGAUUACCUCAACAAAGACCAAGGCGAACCUUGGAGAAAAUUUUGGUAUGGCCCAAGGGACAGACUUUAUAGAACUGGUGACUUAGGUCGUUACCUACCAGAUGGUAACUGUGAAUGUUGUGGUCGUGCCGAUGAUCAAGUUAAAAUUCGUGGUUUCAGAAUUGAGUUGGGUGAAAUCGACACUCACAUUUCUCAGCACCCACUUGUGAGAGAAAACAUCACAUUGGUGCGUAAGAACAGCGAUAAUGAGCCAACCCUAAUCACUUUCAUGGUUCCUAGAUUCGAUAAGCCUGAAGAACUGUCCAAAUUCCAAACAGAGGUUCCUGAGGAAGUCAAAAAUGACGCGCUAGUCAAAGGCCUGCUCGGUUAUCAAUUAUUGGCGAAGAAUAUCAAAGAAUUCUUGAAAAAGAGAUUAGCAUCUUACGCCAUGCCUUCUUUAAUCGUGGUCAUGGAUAAUCUACCUUUGAACCCUAACGGGAAAGUCGACAAACCAAAAUUGCAAUUCCCAACCAACAAGCAACUAAGCUUAGUGGCCCAAAAUACCAGUACAAUUGUUGACGACUCAGCAUUCACUCCUACCGAGCGUGAAGUUCGUGAUUUGUGGCUCGAUGUUUUGCCAACCAAACCAGCAUCUAUCUCGUUAGAGGACUCUUUCUUCGAUCUAGGAGGCCACUCGAUCCUUGCUACACGUAUGAUCUUCUCUUUAAAGAAGAUUUUGAAGGUUGAUUUGCCUCUAGGAACUAUUUUCAAAUUCCCAACCAUCAAGGCAUUCGCAGCCGAAGUUCAGCGAGUAAGAAACUGCGAAGCACCCUCAGCUGAUGAAAGUGAAACUGCAUUUGCAUUUGAUUAUGCCAAGGAUGCUCAAGAGCUAGCGAGGUCGUUACCUGAGUCUUAUUCGUCGCGCGAGCCGUUUACUUCACCAUCAAAGGCUCCGGCCAAGUCUAGAAUAAAUUUAUUUGUUACUGGUGUGACCGGUUUCUUGGGUUCAUAUAUCCUAGUAGAUCUAUUGAACCGUAAGACGCCAAACUACGAAUACAAAGUGUAUGCCCAUGUUCGUGCCAAAGAUGAAAAGGCGGGUCUAGAUAGAUUGCGUAAAGCAGGUGUUGUUUACGGUGUAUGGUCUGACGCAUUUGCUGAUCGUAUUGAAGUUGUUCUAGGUGAUCUAUCAAAACCACAAUUUGGAUUAUCUGAUGACAAAUGGUCCAAGUUGAGUAACGAAAUCGAUGUCAUUGUGCAUAACGGUGCUUUGGUCCAUUGGGUUUACCCAUACGUUAAAUUAAGAGAUGCCAACGUCAUCUCAACCAUUAAUGUUAUGAACCUCGCAGCUUCAGGAAAAGCCAAAUUUUUCAACUUUGUCUCUUCUACUUCCACUCUGGACACCGAACACUACUUUUCUCUAUCUGACAGGUCAGAAGCACAAGGCGGCACUGGAGUACAAGAGUCUGAUGACUUGAUGGGUUCGGCCAAGGGUCUUGGUGGUGGAUAUGGUCAGUCUAAAUGGGCUGCCGAGUACAUCAUUAGACGCGCAGGUGAAAGAGGUCUACGUGGCUGUAUUGUAAGACCCGGGUAUGUUACCGGUGCUUCGAAGAAUGGUUCAUGUAACACUGACGAUUUCUUGUUAAGAAUCUUGAAGGGAUGUUUGCAAUUGGGAAAGAUUCCAGAGAUUGAUAACACUGUUAACAUGGUUCCAGUGGAUCACGUUGCUCGUGUAGUGACCGCUACUGCUUUAAACCCCCCUAAGGACAAUGAAUUCACUGUGGCGCAGGUUAACGCUCACCCACGUAUCGUCUUAACCGAUUAUAUUGCGCAGUUGAAGAAAUAUGGUUAUGAUGUUGAAGUGGAGAGCUACGAACAAUGGAGAAAAGACUUGGAAAAAUCAGUGAUCGAGGAAGGUCAGGAUAAUGCCUUGUUUCCGCUUCUACACAUGGUACUUGAAAACCUGCCAGAAGGUACCAAAGCGCCCAACCUUGAUGACAGAAAUGCCGUAGCAUCAUUAAAGAAGGACACAGAGUGGUCUGGCGAGGACGUUUCUUCUGGUAAGGGUGCUACUAGUGAACAAAUUGGCAUCUACAUUGCAUUUUUGCGCAAGGUUGGAUUUUUACCAGCACCAAGCCGUGAAGUUAAGUUGCCUGAAAUUAAAUUAUCGGCUCAGCAACUUGAGCUUGUUGCCUCAGGAGCCGGUUCUCGUGGUAGUUCCGCCACUGCAUAA